AUGUACUGGGUACGAAAUCUAUGGGCUCGAUUACACGGAAAGAACAGUCAACUCUUCGCAAGCCGGUCGAGAACAGCAAUUCGCAGUGGCUACCUCCUCAGGCAAGUCGUGAGGAUCUGUGGCAAGAUUCUCGACACGGUCGUACUCGAAACCGAUUGUGACGAUUUCCUGCGAGAUUUGUAUCACAGAGAAAUAGAUUUGCUGCAGAUAGUGCUGAAUCUGCUGAUGAUCAAGGCCAACUGCCUCCAGAUGAGGUUCCUGGCAAAGGUGGGGAAGGGAAAUGUUUGCUCACACGACUCCUUUUUCGUCGGCUUCAAGGUAUCGCACCACGAACGCUCCUGGUUGUAUGACCUGCCCGGUAUACGAGGCUUGAUCUGGAUGCCUUCAAGACUGUUCAAGAGAGUUCCGAGCACGACGCGCCUAUCGCCAAGCAAGCCGAGAGCUCCCUGGCGUAUUCCGACGCGUCCCGAUUACGGCGACCUUCCAAGUCUCUACUCACGACAUCUCUGCCGCAGUGUACAGCCUGUAUACAUCCGGCGUGAUACGGACGUAUGCUGUGCAAGCUCGAGUUACAUCCUUGGAUAA